CUAGAUUCCAUUCAUUUUACAACGCCGGUGAAAUCGGGGUGCAAUCGGCGCAACACAUGCUGACAGCCAUUCACAAUAACACAGAAAUCGAUAGAUCUCUGUGAUACUUAUGUGCAAUACUGAUCGCGCAAUCGACUUCGUAUGCCGCGCAAGUACAAAACACAAGCGAUAAAAGCAAUCUGAACUAUUCACACAAGUACCUUCAUCUCUAACGCUCGGUAUUGUUUUGUCCGUGAGAUAGUCUGAGACGAUUUUUGUGUUUAUUAUAUUAAUCUAAAUGCAUAUAUUCUGGUGCGCGCCUGCAAAUUCUUUAUAGUGCAGUGCGAUAAAGCAAAAUUAUUGAAAUAUGAGUGUUUUAAUAUUUGAAAAGUUAUUGAUGUGAUCUAGAAUAUAUCAGCAUGAAAAAGGAAAGAAUUGAGCAGUGCUGUCACUACGUAAUGGAGUCGGCGUUUUGCCUGUAAAUCCUUUAAUUUCUAGCUUCUCUUAUCGCUCGUGUUCUACAAAAAAGUUCCAAAACUCAUUCAGCGACGAAUUGGAAAUACAUCUUAUCUCUAUUUACCAAUAUCUACCACAGGAAAUACAUCAAGCGAUGAAUUUCAGAUGCCUACUACUUACUACGUUUUAUUGCUUCUAUACACAAUGUAUAAUCUUAAAUGUUUACGCACAGUCACCAGGUGAAACAAGUCCUACGAUUGUUAUGGAAAUUGGAGACAGCGCUAACAUCACUUGUCGUAUGAAUUUGAAAAGGUUUGGUGGAAAGAAUAGUUCAACUCUGUAUUUUACAACUGAAGAUCCAAAAUAUAAAACUACACCAAAAAAUAUUGUGGUCCUGAAUGCGACAACUAUUGUUUACACACUGCAAAAUGCUAGUGAGCAGUAUACAACUUACACUUGUAAAAGCGGCCAAUACGCUAUUGCGAGUACCGAUGUUAUUGUUGGUACGAAACCUUUACCAGUGGCGGAUUUUAGUUGCCAGGCAUACGACUUCAUUUACAUGACAUGCUCUUUUACCAUUCCAGCUAAUAUGAUACCAACAACAUAUAACUUGAAAUAUGUAACACAAAAUGCUAACUAUAUACUUAAUUGCAUAAAGUUGGUGAAAGAAGGCGACAGAGCCUCUUGCAAUUUUACAUUGGACGAUGGUAGCUACAAGCCCAAUUUCGAGUACUACAAAUUCCGUUUACAAAGCAAUAAUACGUUGGGUGCUCUCGAACAGAAUUUCACUGUAAAUCACAAAGAAAUUGUAAAGCCAGCAAUUAGCGACUUUCACGUUGAUAGAAUUUCAACACAUGGUUGUAUGCUCAUAUGGGAAAUGGAACGUUAUUCUUCAUACAAAUUAAGCCGUUUGCAAAUGGAGGUACAUUUGCAUUCUCCAGACUACGAAAGCUUACAAACGUACACUUGCAACAGAUGCAAUAAUCAUUCAAUAUUUCAUUUACCAAUUGGUAAUUUACCAUACUCCUAUUAUCAGUAUAAUGUAAGCUUGCGAAUAAAAAUGCGGAUGCCUACGGCGACUUGGAGUGACCCCUACAGUAUUGAUUUUCAAACGUUGCCCUCUGCGCCGGAGGUGCCACCAGCAGUUGAUGUGAGUAGCUUUUACUUGAAUGCGACGCAUCUGCGCUUAUUUUGGUAUCCUACGCCGGAAUAUCAUCGAAAUGGUUCAAAUUUUCAUUACAUUGUGAAGCAAAUGGAAGAAACGGAUGUUGCUGUAGAUCAACCACCACUGCAUAUUCAAGUGCCUACGGUGGCUUUUCCAUGGAACAACGUUCGUAGCUAUAUAUUUGAAAUACGGAGUAGUAACGAACAGGGCGUGUCAUUAAAUAGUAGCCAAAUACGUAUACCUUCUCUCCCGAAGAACUACGAUAACAGAACACCGCUUGGCAUACGAAAUGUUUACCAUGCAUUGCAACGUACAUAUACUUUGCUAUGGAAUUCGCCAGAGGAUUCUGCGAAUGUAGAAAGCUAUACGGUUUUUUGGUGCAAACCGAAAAGCGUCGCAUCCAAUGAAUGCCAUAAUGUAAUCGGAUUUAGGCAACUAAAUAGAAAUGCCAGAAAUUUCAAAAUUCAACAAAGUCAACCGCUGGUUCUGGCCGUAGCUGCCAACUAUCCAGAUUUCUACACCGGCAUGCAUUGGGCCAAAUGUACUGCAGAUGUGUCAAACGAUUUGGAGAAAUUAGAACCGGAAAUAGUUGAGAAGAAAGCGUAUAGCAUAACAGUACGCUGGAGUUCAGAGCGCGUAUGUGCAUCGCUUAUCAAAGGCUAUACAAUUACUUAUUGUAAGACGAAAUCUGCAACAAAGUUAAAGUGUUUGGACAAAACAAUUAGCAUCAGUGUUGACAAAAACGAUAACAAGUUUGAGAUUACUAACUUAGAACCGGAUAGUACAUAUAAAAUGGAAAUGGUUAUGUAUUCUGAUGUUCAGUCGGGUCCAAUAAGUGAUGAGUUAGUAUUGCAAACAAAUGAAGCAGCGCCAACCUCACCGCGAAAUCUUACUUACGAGCGCAUAACAAGCCAAUCAGUGGUGCUACGUUGGCUCUCGCCAUACAUAUCAAAUGGCAGGAUACGCUACUACGUUAUACUGUACAACGGCGAAAGUCAUAUUUUGUAUUGUAAUAAUACAAUUGGUUCACAUUGCUUGUCCGGGAGCAGAAAAAGCGGUCGCAAUGAACAUCUUUUCUACACUUUGGGAAACUUGAGUAGUUUUACUAAUUAUACCAUUUGUGUGAAAGCUUAUACUGUGGCUCAUUCAUUACCUAGCAAUUGUGUGCACAUACAAACCUUAAUCGGCGUUCCAUCAAGUCCAUCUCAUACGAAAUUCGACGAUUCAAAAGAUAUCGUAAUCCGUUGGCGACAACCUGAAGUGCCUUCGGGACGCGUUGACUACUACGAAGUAAUCGUUGAAACGAAAUUAGGAGAGCGUAUAGAAAGUCGUCACAUUUCGCGUAUAACAAAUGGCAUGCAGUGUACUAUACGAAAGCCACGCUGCUACAAUAGCGAUUUUAAGUAUACGAUUGGUGUGCGUGGCGUUAAUAUUGCAUAUUUUAAUGAAAUCGAUGCGAAUCUUAUGCAUAUUCAAAAUAAUAGUCACAUGCAUGAUAUAUACGUUACUUCUGCGAAUGAUGAAUUGGGCUGCGUUGAGGCAGUAAUUUCACCGCUGCACGCUUACAAAACACAUAUAGAAUAUAGAUCUGUGGAAGUAAUCGUCUUUAAUUAUGUUUGUGGUACAGUUGCAAGAGCUGACGGUAAACUUUGGAUUACCAUAUUUGUGUCAAUACUGGGAUCUUCGCUCAUCGUAAUGGCUGGACUUUUAACCUAUAGAAGAUGUCAUGAAAUGGCAUCGAUUGAAUGUAAGAUUCCUGAGCACUUGAACGAUUUAGUAAAUCGAAAUGACAGCAAAUUAGGGGAACAGGAUAUGGAACGCGUGGAACAUAGUAUUAAACAACAGUACUACAGUGAAAACGGGCGCUUGUUGCCAAGCAUUUCGAAGGACUCUGAAUAUUCGAACGAUGGCAGUGGUUAUUCAUGGCCUACUACAAAAAGUAGUUAUUACGAGAGCUCCGAAAAUGCUGGUGAUUACUGCAUACAUGAUCCUAUGACUUUGUGCAAUACUACACAAUCGCUCGAAACUGUACAAGAAAUAACGGCCGGCUACACGGUGAUGACAACACCAAACACAAAUGUGUCAAAUACAGUAGCAGAAGUCGACAGUGGUUAUGUGCAUCCUAAUGCGCUACAGCCCAAUGUAACGGAAAAGCCAUUUACGAUAAAUUGGCCGAUGGGUGGUGAAGAUGGCUAUAUUCAUCCAAAUAAUAGACAGUCAUGCAAUUGGCAGCAAGAAACCAACAACGUGCACAAUGCCAAUACGCAAGCAAAUGCUAAUAAUGCAAUUUACUUGCCUACUGUGAGAUAGAAGUCAGAAGCCACAAGUGCCCUUAAAUGAAUAUGGAAGGCAAAUCGUUAACAUGAAAUGCAUAAGAAAAGCAGACAAAAGGGAGACGUUUACAUGAAAUACUUAACAGAACGUUACCAUCUGCUGCUGCGUUUAACAAAAAAAAAUUGCGUAACUGUUGCGAAUGCACAAAUUAAUUUAUUGGGAAGAUUCAACCGCUUGCGCGUACCACAAAGGUGGCCAAAGGAAGUCACAAUAUUUUACUGCACAUCACUGGUAUUAGUAAUUUAUUAUAGCUUUAAAUAACCGUAUAGUGCGAUUGGAACGAAAACCUGGAGGAGAGACAAAAUAAGAGAGAAGUUUGAUUGUGUAACUAAAUGUUUCACUACUUAUUGUAGAAGUAUGUACCUCGCUAAAGCACAAUCCAUAUUCACUAUAUAAAUACUAAAUGCAGCUACAAAAUUGUUAACACAAAGUCUGUCAAGUGCCUUUAAGCAAAUCAUUAUUUAGCUAUGUAAAUAAUAAAUGUACAUAUAAGUUUUAUAAUAGAAUUAAAUAUAGCUAACUAUAAAAGUAUUUAUAUUUUUAUUUUAAAAUUUUAAUGCAUGUACAUAUACGAAAUAAGUUUACAAAUAAUUACCUACCUUCAGCUACUUGGUAAUGCUUUCAUUAGAUGCUAAAAUUUCAUUAAAAAAAACAGUCACAUGUAAUUAAUCAGCCUCAUUGCGUACGUCGUAAAUGAGAUUAGAUAUUGUCGUGCUGAAAUAGGUAUACGACGAAAACUAUCCAGUGCUGCCAAAUUUUCCAUUUUAGGCAAUACCGUGUACUUUUCGAUACGACUCGACUCGAAAAACGACUUGCAUUCGACACGCCACUCGCAAUCAGGCUGAAUAAUUCAUAUUUUUACUAUUAAGAGGCAUUUGUUUUUUGCAACAUACAUAUGUAUUAAAAAUAACACUAAGUUUUGUAGGCAACUCGAAAGCUUUACCUAUGUAUACAUAUUAUCACACUACAGUUUUUAAACCAAACAAGCUGUGGGAUGUGUAGAGUAUUUUAAUUACACUUUAUUGUAUUAUGCGUAGCUCACUUGUUAAUCAAUAUUCUGAUAGUUAUGUUAUAAUACAACGAAUUCAAUAAGACAGAACUUAAAAACUAAACAAAAUACUUAUCUGGUAGGUGCUUUUUUAAUUUUCUUAAAGUUGCAUCGGAUGAAAUUUUUUUUUUUUUUAAUUUCUAUAAUCUUUGUAUUCAAAGUAUCCGAUGGAGAUUAUUUUUGAACAAAGCAAAAGUGCAGCACGUUCUUAAUGAGCACAGUAAUGUUAUAGCGAGAUUUCAAAGUAACUUUGACCAAUCUUUUUAAUAGAGGUGCUCUGAGGACUUAUAUUAUCAGGCAGGUUUUGCAAUUCACUUCCGAGUGAAUUUCAAUGAAAUUCGCUUUGAACUCUAAUUGACAGGGGUUGAAAUUCACUCGGAAGUGAAUUGCAGAACCUGCCUGUAUGCCUAAAAUUAAUUUAUCGUACUUUUUGUUUAAUAUGAACAGUCUUUUUCCUUCUCAAUAACGUGACUGACAUUUUAAUUUCUUAUUUAUUAAAAAUUGUAUUUACUUUCAUGAACUUAUCGCAGCAAUUUCGUAUUAAAGCAUUAGUAAAAUAGAAGUGAACUGCUUGCUCCUAAAUUAAUAUGGAUCUUAAAAAUCAAAACUUUCAAAAACUGAAAGGGUUUUCAUCUCAACAAAAAUAAAUAAACCCCCCAUACAAAAUUAAGUAAGUUUACGAGGUUAACAUAGCGUGAGGCAUUUACGAAUUUUCAAGCGGCAGAAUAAUUUUUUGGGUCAAAAGUAAAGAUUCUGAAGGUUAUUCAAGAUCUUCUGAAGCAGCUUUUCGCUUGACCAAAGUUGGAAUUGGAUUUGAUAGUUUUAUGAAAAUAAAAUUUAUUGGGAAAAAGUCAUCACAAUCAUUUUGUUAGUGUCUUAUGCUUCAAGAAAAAUAACGAAAGAGUACAAGUUCAUCGUCGUUGAUUGUUGUUGAUAAUGAGUUGAGCUACUUUUAGGUAGAAAUCAAUUGGUAUUUUAUAUUUAAUGAUAAUUUUUAACUAAAUUUUAGUGCCUUAUUAUUUAAGCGUUAACUUAUGUUGCUUCAUGUACUACUAAAUUUACACACACACACAGUAUGCAUGUACAAACCAUGCGUAAUAAAAAUGUAUAUCUGCUGUAAAAUUAAAUAAAUUAAGAAAAAAGAGCAGUGUGCAAACACACAUGUCGCUAUCGAAAUGUACAAAGGUGCUAAUCAACAGUCUUUAAAAUGCACAAGAGAAGGGAGGAAACUCAUUUUUUUAAAUGUGAAACAGUAAUUUCUCUAGCUAUCUUAUACUAGUGUGGACAUGCACGCUCACAUGUAUGUAAGCAGUUUGGCAUAGCCCCCUACUCUGUGUUGAAAACAUUUGCAGUGAAAAUUCCGGUUAGCAUCUUUGUUAAAAUUUCUAACGAGAUGUAUGCAUGUACUUACAUAUGUAUGUAUUAAUGAUUCUAAAACAUUUGUAAAAACCAAAUAAACAUUCUUAACUUACAAAAUAAAGACUAAUUAGAGGUUUUCCAAAAAAAGCUAUGAAUUUACGUUCUCUGUACAAAAAAGUAGCUUUUUAGGAAUAAGGUUUAGUUACCCAAAAUAUUUUUUGAUAUCCACUAGAGUUGCUGCGUUUUAAUUCCAGCGUUGCAUCGUUGGUGAUACCGGCCGUUUCCAAAAUGCAAAGGUCCAGUCACUUGGUUGACAUCAUGGUUCAUACGGUGUGGUGGGCGUGAUAAGAGACUUAUAGAGUGUGAUUUUUGUUUAUCGAGUGAGGGCUAUACUUCACCAAAGUAGCUCUUGUGGCAAAUAGUGAUUGUCUAUUGGAUUUCAAACCUUAAGGCAGUGUCACACAAUUGGGCAUUUGCCCAAAAUUUGGUAUGAAUUGUAUCCCAAUCGUGCGAAUGCACCAGGGUUUUAAGAUGCUGUAAUUUUUUAAUUUAAUUUGUUUUUGCUGUGCUUUGACUUCGGCAUGUAUGAUAUCGAAAGCAAAACAACAGGAAUUCAGAAAACAUCAAAUGCUUUGGCUGUCGUUUUGCUGUACAAAAACAGUCUCUAACGUUAGAGAAAUUCGGAUUUCUACAAUAGAUAACUAGGCUAAUUCUCUAAUCGUUCUCGAGUCGAUGACGAAGUUAGAGAACUACAUUAGAAUUUGAUUCGAGAACGAUUAAAGAAACAACGCAAAUCCAAAUAAAUGUAAAAAAGCAAUAUUCCAAAUGAAUGAGUCAUAAAUUAUUUUUUAG